UCGGACUUGCCGUCCGUACUGGAAAAGAAGAAAGCGGACAGAUCUGUCAGAAAUGGGGAGACCACGGGCUCUGUUUUGUAAAUGAUUUAUACAUUUCGCCUAAACAGCAGGAAGAAGCCGAACAUCUAAGUUUAUCAAUAAAAGCUUUGAAGGUGAGGGAGUCAUCAAUUCCAAUUCCAAGAGGGAAAAACAUAAAAAAAACCCAGCUGCUCCGGCUGUAUUCCUGGAUGGGACUACUCGGUGCCAUUCAGCUUUCCUCAAGGACCGCCAGAUGCUGCCUGUGCCAGCUUUCUACACCCAAGUCAUGUUUUUCUACAAAAUCUGCUGUCCUGGGGGGCAGAAACAUCCUGCUGAUGGGCCCGCCUGGAGCAGGGAAGACCACAGCUGGCAAGAUUGUGGCCCAUAAAAUGGGUCUGCCCGCCAUAGACAUCGAUGACGAUGUCUUGGAGACGGCGUGGAAGAUGCCAGUGGCGGCCAAGCUGGCAGAAGUGGGCGGAAAGCGUUUCCUGGAGGAGGAAGGCCAGGCUUUGUGUAACUUCUCCGUCUCUGGCUGCGUUGUUUCCCUGACUGGUUCAAAUCCCCUCCAUCAUGAAGCCAUGCAGCACAUCAAGCAGAACGGAGUUGUCGUUUACCUGGACGUGGACAGCGAGGACAUCAUAGAGAGACUCGACAGGAUGAAGGUUAAUCGGAUAGUGGGACAGGAGGAGGGGGUGUCCAUGAGAGACAUUUUGCUCUACAGGAGGCGCUUCUAUGAGAAAUGGCUGGACGUAAGGGUGUUUUGUGGAACAGGAGACACAGUGGAGGAAGUGGCGGAGAAGGUAGUGAGGGCCGUAGAAAGAUAUCAGGAGCAUGAUGAGGAGACCUACGUUUCAACCAGGUACUCUGAAAUGUCCUAUAGAAAAACAUUCUUCAGUGACGUGGUUAUCGAGGGUCUGGCUGCAGAUGGAGGUCUUUAUGUCCCCAGGAAAGGCUUUCCAAAGAUUCCUAAAAGCGAAUGGCUCAGAUUGAUUUCUCUGUCAUAUCCAGAAAGAGCCUCUGUCUUGCUGGAAAAGUGCAUCCAUCCACACGACAUCUCUGCUUUGGACCUCAGGAGUAUGAUAUUCAAAGCUUAUGGAAGCAACUUCUCCAGCGAGAAAGUUGCACCUGUCAAACAUCUUGUCCAAAAUCAGUACGUCCAGGAGCUUUUCCAUGGCCCGACCGCCUCGUUCAAGGACCUCGCCUUGCAGCUGAUGCCUCAACUCUUCGCCUACUGCCUCCCACCGAUGUGCAAUUUCCUCAUCUUGGUCGCCACGUCUGGGGACACAGGCAGCGCCGUCCUCAGCGGCUUCAGCCAACUGAGCGGCGCCAACGCACACCGAGCCGGUGUGUUGGUGUUCUUCCCUGAGGUAGGCGUGAGUCAGAUCCAGAAGCUACAGAUGACGAGCUUUAGGGAAGGAAACACCAGAGCAGUCAGUGUUCUGUCAGACUUUGACUUCUGUCAGAAGAGCAUCAAGAGGAUGUUUGGAGAUGCAGGGCUGACUGGGCAUCUGACUGUGGAGUACGGCACCAUCCUCAGCACCGCCAACUCCAUUAACUGGGCACGGCUCCUACCACAGGUCGUUUAUCAUUCUUCUGGCUAUCUGGAUCUUUGCAGAGAUGGUGUGAUUAACUUCGGAGAUCCUGUGGAUGUUUGCAUUCCUACCGGGAACUUCGGGAACGCCAUGUCAGCUUUGUACGCCAAGCAAAUGGGCAUCCCGAUAAGAAAAGUCAUCUGUGCGUCCAAUCACAACAGAGUUGUUGCCGACUUCAUCAGCACAGGGCGGUAUGAUCUCCAGGACCGCUCCCUGCUUCUCUCCCACUCCCCUGCUAUAGACAUCCUGAAGUCCUCCAACCUGGAGAGGUUUGUCCAUCACAUCUCAGACGGAAACAGCUGCCUGGUCAAGGACUUAUUCACAUCCUUGGACAUGCAGAAAUGCUUCCAGCUUCCUGAUCAUCUUCUUGGCAAGAUGCAGGAGCAAGUGCAGGCUGGCUGGUGUUCUGAGGACGAUUGCUUGGCCGCCAUCCAGAGCGUCCAUGGACAGACGGGAUACAUCAUGGAUACGCACACUGCUGUGGCAAAGGUUGUGGCCGAUCGGCUUCAGGAUGGCUCAUGCCCCACAGUGCUCUGCUCCACUGCCCACUACGGGAAAUUUGCUCCCGCAGUGUUCAAAGCUCUGCAGAUCCAGAAUAUUCCUGAGGAUCCUGUGGAGCAGCUGAAGGAGCUGGAAGCGGCUGCGUCUAAACCAGAAGCACACAGAGAAAUGAUGAAAUGCCUGAAGGAGAGAGGCGGCAGGGGGCACAGAGUUUGUUCGGCUGAUUACAGUGUGCUGGUAGAGGAGGUAGAGGGCGUAAUACAGGACUCUUUCUUAAAAGUCACAUAGAAAAAACAGUCAUUUGAAUUAUAAUUCACAAAGAAAGUGCUUUGGAUUUGUCAUGUCAAUAAAAUAUAUACUCCUUCUGUAUUUUUAUAAAGUAGGAUGUUAUCGAAAAGAAAGGAUCAUUUAUUGAAUAAUUUAAAACAAAAUAAAUCUAUUUUCUGGCCAGAGAUAUACAGGGAUGUUCCUUUUUUCCAAUUCAAAAUCAUCUAUAUAAAGUAUUUGUUGCAAGAAAAGAUUUCUUGGAAUCAAACCAAGCUUUAUCCAGAUUUUUGACAUGUCAUGUCUGCAGUAGGCGGUGCCCUCCCUGAGUUCAGAGUAAGUCAUCUGGGAUUUAUCAUUUACUGAAAUGAUGUUAAACUUAUUAUGACACUGGAGGAUACAAGUACAGUAGUUGCUAAAACAACAACCCAGUAAGAGCAGUAAUUAAUUCAAAGAUGCACAAAAAA